AUGUCAUCUGGCUACGAGAUGGGCAUCGACACGUCGCGUCGCAAUGUCAAGCCGCGCCCAUUAACAGACAAUGAGCGAGCGCGCCUGGAAGAGUUUCUUGAGUCGAUUCAUUACUCCUCUCGAUACUCGGAUAGCGAAUUCGAAUACCGACACGUGCAGCUGCCGAAGGCCAUGCUGAAGGCUAUACCCAAGGAGUACCACGAUUCCUCAAAGGGAACACUGAAGCUGCUCUGGGAGGACGAGUGGCGGUCAAUGGGCAUCACCCAGAGUCUCGGCUGGGAACAUUAUGAAGUACACGAACCCGAGCCGCACAUCCUGCUCUUCAAGUACGUUGUGCAUUGGACCCCUCCCCUUCACGCCCCUUCGCCACCGGUCCUGGCGGUCCUGGCGGUCCUGGCGCGGGCACGCGAUCAGCUAACCUGUGCAACAGGCGGCCACUCAACUACCAACCACCUGCGCAAUGAAGGCAGCAUGACCACAAUGGCUGCAAUGCUACGACAACAUGUGUAUCUUAUCUCGCAUUCCACAACUGCAUAG